GGGCCCGGCUGGCGGCGGGGGAAGGCUGGCUCUGCGGAGCGCCGAGGAGAGGGAGGGGCCGGGACGCCGGCGCGUCGGUGCCGACGGUCUCCAGGCGGGAGCGAGGAGGAGAAUCCAGACGGUUUGGAAGCACUUAGAAAAUGUGUGUUCUUCUAAUUGAAGCCUUUUAUGGUGGUUCCCACAAACAGCUGAUGGAUCUUCUCCAGGAGGAGCUACAAGAAGACUGUGUCCUCUAUACACUCCCUGCCAAGAAGUGGCACUGGAGAGCACGGACUGCUGCUCUCUAUUUCAUGCAAACAGUGCCAAUGAGUCCUAAUUACAGGAUCCUCUUUGCAAGCUCGGUGCUUAACCUGGCUGAACUCACUGCCCUCCGCCCUGACCUUGGCAAAUUGAAAAAGGUCCUCUACUUCCAUGAGAACCAGUUGGUAUAUCCUGUCCAGAAAUGCCAGGAAAGGGAUUUUCAGUAUGGAUACAACCAGAUUCUUUCAUGCUUGGUUGCUGAUGUUGUGGUGUUCAACUCUGCUUUUAAUAUGGAAUCGUUUCUUACAUCCAUUGGAAAAUUUAUGAAGCUGAUUCCUGACCACAGACCUAAGGAUUUGGAACAAAUAAUCAGACCAAAGUGCCAAGUUCUUUAUUUUCCAGUCAGGUUUCCUGAUGUGAGCAGGUUCAUGCCAGAACAUAAGCUUGCCCAUUUUGAAAAAGUAAUUGGAGUUAAAAGAAAUGGAGGUGCUUAUCAAAUGGUGGAUCUGCCUGGCCAGCAGAAGUGCAGAGCUUUAAUGAAAACCAGCAAUGCAGCUAGCAGGUCUGGACUUUGUGAAACCCAGCCUAGACUUCAUACCACACAGCAAGAGGGGCUGCCUUCCGCAUUAAUAGCAGUGGCGAGAUUGAACGAGUCUGAAGCAUCAGAAAGUACAAAUCCUUGUCAAGAAGAAGAUAAGCAACAUCUGACUUUUAACCUCUUUAAUAUCUUGAGUGGACAGGACUAUGAGCAAAGACCUUUACACAUUGUCUGGCCUCACAGGUGGGAACAUGACAAAGGGCCUGAAACUUUCUUUGAAGUCCUGCUGAAACUGAAAGAAAAAGAUCUACCUUUUCAUGUGUCCAUUCUUGGAGAGGCUUUCAGUGAAAUUCCAGAUAUCUUUUCAGAGGCCAAAAAAGUGUUGGGAUCUUCUGUUUUGCACUGGGGCUACUUACCCACGAAGGAUGACUAUUUCCAAGCUCUGUGCAUGGCUGAUGUUGUCAUCUCGACAGCUAAACAUGAAUUCUUUGGCGUGGCAAUGGUUGAAGCUGUAUAUUGUGGCUGUUAUCCGCUGUGUCCCAAAGCCUUGGUGUACCCAGAGAUAUUUCCAGCUGAAUAUCUGUAUUCUACACCUGAACAGCUUUUUAAGAGGCUUCAGAAUUUCUGCAAGAGACCCGAUAUUGUGAGGAAACAUCUUUAUAAGUUUUAGGGAAUCAGAUAUUUCUCUCCUGUUCUGGAUAUUUGCAGUUCCCAGAACUCCAGAAUUAAGCGAGGAACAACAGGGCAUCAGUUUCCCAUGGAGUACACUGUAGGACCUGUCACAGUUUGCAAGCUCCCUAUCUAAUAGAUUUAAAAUUUAAAAAAAAAAAAAAUAUGGCAAAACAUUUGUUUCUGCAUUAUUUUCUUUAAGUUUACCUUUCAGUUCCCUCACUUCAGUUUCCUAAUUUAAAACAGCAUGUAUAAAGAGUAUACAGUGGAAAGGGACAAGAAGAGUUGCCAAAAGCCAGGCAUGGAAGGAGCUGACAACUUUAAAUAAUCUCUCCCAGCCCUCCCAGCUGAAUGAGUGCGGGUUGACAUGCUGUCAGCUUCAGUUCCUACAGAAAAAUCCUACUCUCACUCAUACUUGUUCAACGGAGAAAAGAAUUUGGCCCACUUUCUGACAUUCAUCUUCUCAUUUCCAUCACACUGCAGAAGCUCACCUGCCUAUGAAAAGACACAUGGCGUGAUUUUUUUUUUCUUUCUUACACCACUGUAGAAGGAAGUCUGCUGAAUUCAAAGGGAUUAAACUGCUGUAAAAUCAAAUUAAGAUCCCAGUUAGACCGUAGACAUCUGAAUUGUUUCCAGUCUCAGGAUUCGGCUGUAUAGGGCACUUCUAACAAAACUUUUUCUUUUUUUUUUUUUUUUACCUCUCUUUUUGCUCUGAUUUGAGAUAAAGCAGUAUUUUUGGUAUUUCAGGAAAAUAUGUAGAAAGGAAAACUGCUCCUGGUGCAGCUUUAAUAGUAAGACAUAGCUAGGAAAGCAGCAGGAGGCAAUCUCAGCCUAAGAGCACAUGAGGAUGCAGGCAAGCUUCAUGCCAGAUGUCCUGUUGGCCACUCGGCCCUCUUACAAAGAGCAGUAGCCAUUCAUAGUUCUUGUACAGGUCAUGUAAGAGCGGGAGCAAUGCCUCUGCCUUUAUCCUUACCCAUCCCCCUGAAAAACUCCAGGAGAAAUUGUUUUUUGAUAAAGAUGCUCUGGAUCGCUGUGCCAUGUGUUUAAUACUAUGGUUAUGAUAUUUGAGAUAUUUGGGAGAAGGCUGACACAGGUAAAAUUAGGUGUUUUAGAGUCAGAGAUUGGUUCUAACCCUGAACAUGGAGAUUUUAUCAUCUUUCAUAGCCUUUUAGUAUUAAGUACAUAAAACCUAAUAAGCUGUACAUAAUAGUUCUCCAUUUGACAUUCAGGCUCUUGGAAACGCCUAAUCUUGUCUUUCACAUCUUCCUAUACCAAAGCAGUUCACCAUAUUUUUGCAGACAGCACUAAAAGCAUUUCCUUCAAUUAGCUCAGAGUUUCCCCACCUUCAGUUGCGUUGAGCAUCUUCUGUCUUCUUGUUCUGGAGUUAGUUGCCUGGAAGCAGAAGCUCCCCAUCCAUCUUUUCUAUACCAUUCAUUAUUUUAUAAACAUUUGUCAAACACUUAAAAUGCCCUGGUCUUUUCAGGCUCUCCUUGUGAAUGCUAUUCCAAGAUCUAAUCAUUCAAGCUGGUUUGAUGCUUGAGAGCUGGUUUUGUGCUGGUGUGAUCAUUGCCUUACAGAGUAUUCUAGGCCAUGCCAUCAGUUUAUGUUAUGUGCAGUACUCUGAUAAUUUUCAACCUGUUCCUUAUGGAACCAAACCUACUGUUUACUUUUUAAUGGUGAAUAUAUAUUGAACAGAUGUUUGCUUACAGUGUUCUCCAGAUCUUUUGUCCUGAGCUGGUAAAGUUAAUUUAGAGCUUUAUAGGAUAUGCAAAUAGUACAAGUAUUUCCAUCCAUCCUGCUGUCUUUCUGUUCAUCAGCAGAGCAUGAUUGCAGAUGAAGAAGAUGGCAUUGUGUCAAAUCUGUGUUUCUACUUGCCUAGCAUUAGGCACUGGUCAAAAGGAGGUUGGAAGCACAAGUGGGAAACUUGUAUUUGCCUCUUGAGAUGCUUGGUUUCCAGUAAGCGUAAUUUAAAGUGGUUUCAGAGAUGGUCUAGAUCCGCUUCUCAGAGCCCGAAUUGAAAGGUUAUCAUAGCCUGGGAAUUCUGGAUUGCAGCAUGCUGUGUCCAUGCUUUCCCAUCUCUGUCUCAGUGCUUAGGCAUGGGAUCCUAAGUAAAUGUAUGUAACGUAAGGAUUUCUUAUGUGAAAGAAAACUUUGGUUACUUAUUUAGAAUAUAAAAUCAUAGAGUAAUUAAGGAAGUCAGGAGGUCAUCUGCUUAGCCUUUGCUGAAAGCAGGGCCAGCUUCCAAGUAGGAUCUAACUUCAAGUUUGGAUUAAGUUGUUCAGGGUCGCAUCCAGGUUAGACUUGCCAUUUUUCAUUCCCAAAUGUAUGGCUGAUAUAGGUGAAACCCAUCUAGCCUAGGAGGUUUGCACAGGUUGGAAGACCUGCUGGACUGCAGGACACAGUUUCAGUAUUUUGGGCAACCUUAGGUCUUUAAGCAGCGUAUGGGUCUGGAAGCAGCCAUGGUAGAGAGAGGUCUCUUAGCUAAUGUGAACUACCACUGUGGAAGAAAUGAGCUAAUAGGUAGGCUGCUGAAAUCACCUGCUAGGUUAUUCUAGGGUCCAGCCAUUCAUAUAUAGAUACAAUAUAUGUGUAUGUAUACAUAUAUGUAAGUAUGCAUAUAUAUAUCUAUGUGGCCUGCACCCGGCCCUCUCCCAGGGCUUGCCUUUCUCUUGUCUCUCUGAGGUUUGUGUCUACAAGAUUUCAGUUCUCUGAAGAUGUUGGUCUGUAGCUGGCUGUACUUGUAAAGCAGGCAUUAAAAAAAAGCAUUCAUUAAAUAGCAGUUACAGACCCAUCUUUCAGCAUAAACACCAGGACUUUGAACUUCUUAUUAUAACAGUAUUAGAUAGCUUCCAAUUUAGUUUUAAAAAGUAAAUUAAAACUGGCAGAUGAACCACAGCCACUGCAAAAUGAUAGGUGGGAAAACUGAUCAAAGGAAAUAGGAUUGACUUCGAAAGAAAAGUUGCAAAAAGCAUGAAAACUUAGGUUUUCAAUAUAUUUUAUUCAAAUUACCUUGAGAAAGGAAGCUUGAAACUGUUUUCCUACUGCUGUACUUUGUCGGUGUGCUCUGAACCAACUGUGCAAGGUACCCACCAACUUAUCUUGUGUAGCCUUGCAUCCAACAUUUGAUGAUUUUUGUUUAAAGACAGAAAGAAUGAAAUGAGUUUUAAAACACAAGCAUAAGAAACUGCAGAACAGACCAAUUUAUUCAGGGAAAUACCAUUACUCUACCAAGGAGUAUUAUAUAGCUCUGACUUGGGCCUCACAGUGUACCCAAUUCAUGUAAACUAAUGCUGUCUUUUGAUGGUGGUUUCCAAAGGUGCUUGGAUUUUGAAAGUUGAGCUCCAAAAAUAAUUACUACAACCUGCUUUCCACCUUGAUUUCUCCCCAGUAUUCACUUACAGAGGGAAGGAUUUGAGUCAUAGAAUAAAGCUGACCCAAUAAAAUUGGCUCCGUCAAUCACUCUGCUUUCUUGCCUGCCAAUUUCAGGUGUUGUGCUGAAUAACAGUUUCUAAUUCUGAAAUUUUGUUAAAGUAAUUUUUUUUAAAGUGCAUAAAAUUUAUGCCAAAUCAGUACUUUCUGCUUGAACUCCAGCAGUUCUGAAACAAUAGAUCUGAAUGGAUGACCAGUCAUUAUGAAAUUCUAAAAGUUAAUUCUGUAGUCUAAUGAUGUCAGAAUAGAUGAUAGUUGCUUAUGGUUAGGCUCUUAGGACAUAAGAUACAAUCAAGUUGAUUAUUUUAUAAAAGAUAUUGUAGUGCUGCUGACAUACUAUUAUUAUGCUGCCUGUUCUUCAUGGGGAGACUUUAUGUGAAAACUUUGCUUCGCUUGAUCUCGCCAUACGUAGGAACUGUUGACUGAAUCACUGUUCCUUAAAAAAAAUGAAUGCCCAGACUUUUGCAGACUUCCCAAAAAAUGGAGUUGAAUUUGUUCACUCCAAGGUAACUCUAAAAUAAAUCCCAAUAGCAAGACUGAUGAUGAUCAAGCAGGAGAAUUAGGCCCUCACUGCUGGUGGUUUGUGCUUCUGCAAUGUCUGAGGGUGAGAGGGGUAGGUCAGUCACCUCAGGUGUCCAGUCCUUGGUGCAUCUGCUGAGACCACCAGUAAAGGAAAUGGAUGUUUGAUGGUGCUCAUCCAGGAGCAAAUAACCUGGGGCUGCUGACCUGUCUUUACCUGUCUUUAAAAAAAAAAAAAGCUGAAUUCACCCCCAUUUCUACAUAAUGCCGCUUAAGCGUUCUCUGACCAACUUGCUUCCACCCCUCCUGAAAUUCUGGGUGUUGCAAAGGAUUUUAGCACAGAGCUGCAUUCCUUCCCACACAAGAGACGUCCCUUUUGUGUCCCAGCAUCUAAUGCGGCUUUGUGCACUUCUCUCUUCUGCUUCC